GUAGAAUUGUUAAAACUUUAUAAUAAAUCAACUACUCCUUGAAUAUUGAACGCAAAGCAUAUUAUUGAAAAAAUGAACACGGAUGACAGUGGACCCUGCAGAUUAAAUUUCAGGACGGAUGCCCUUUGGGAACGUACUUAUUUGAAGAGAAGGUGCGUGGAGUUGAAUAUAGAAAAGGAGUAUGAUUUGUAUGCGAGACGUCUAUGCAUCAAUCAUCUCGCCGUAUUUUUUCUCGUACACUCGGCCGUGAACCUGAUUAAAUGUAUCCUGCUGUUGGUGACGUGUGAGCACCUCGAAUUUAUUUAUAUUGAUGUUUUAAUUUAUUUGUUAUCGGCAAUAUUCACGGUCCUAGCAUUGAGCAUUAACUUUUAUGAAACCUUCGUAUCAAAUAACAAAUGGAUUGCUUACGUCACUUCGGCAGUUGGUGCGGCAGUCAUAGUUAUUGCGGAUGUAAUUAUUUUUACGUACCACGACUUUAAAGACGAUUGGAUUGUUCUGCCGUUCUACGACACAUAUGUUUUAUAUGUUAUAUAUGUGUAUUUUCCUAUACCUUCCCUCAAAGCUCCAUUUAUAUUGGCGUCUUUCGCGGCGUUUAUCUACCUUAUAAUUAUUUAUUUUCACAUUACCGAUAAUGAGUUCUUCAAUUUGCAAAAACCCCGAUAUAUGAUGGUGGAACUACUUUACUUUAUUUGCUGCCAUUUAAUAGGCCUGUUCUAUCGCCUGCUCAAUGAAAUUACUGUGCGUUCAUCGUUUCUUGACCGGCAUCAGUUUGUGAUGGAGGAGAUUUGGCUGCGACAGGCACAUAAUCAGGAGAUGCAAUUGCUUUACGGCAUUUUGCCACCUGACAUGGCACGGCCAUUGCAGAAAGAAAUACGAACUCGCAUCACACAGUUUGAAAAGACGCCUGAACAAUUUCAAACCAUGUUCUUAAAAGGCGGCGUUAUGGCCGUUGAAUUGCAUCCCGAUGUCACCAUCCUAUAUGCUGAUGUUGUCAAUUACACGCACCUGACGACAACACUCACUGUGCACUCUCUGGUGGCCUUGCUCCAUGAUCUGUAUGGCAGGUUCGAUUUUGCUGCCAAUGACCUCAAUGUGCAACGUAUCAAAUUCUUGGGGGACUGCUACUACUGUGUGGCCGGCUUAACGAUGCCAGAGCCCGAGCAUGCCAAAUAUUGCAUAGAGCUUGCCCACAUUAUGAUUGCUCACAUUCGGGAAGUUCGAUCAAAUCGAAAUUUGGAUAUCGAUAUGCGAAUUGGGGUGCAUUCUGGUUCGCUGAUGGCCGGCGUUAUGGGCGCUGCGAAGCUUCAGUACGACGUUUGGGGAACAGAUGUGAUAAUUGCAGGCAUAUUGGAAUCUACUGGACGGCCAGGCCACAUUCACAUAAGCGAAAGGACUCGCACCAUGUUAUGCGAUAAGACUUAUGAGCUGCUUCCGGGCCCAGAGAUGGCUCGUGAACAUCCAUUUCUUCAAAGCAAAAAUAUUAAAACGUUUCUUAUUGCGGCAAUUGAUAUAAAAGUAGACUUGAGUAAUACUAUUCCAAUGCAAGGUCCUCCAACGCCCAGCGUUUUGCACAAGACAGCACAAGAAGAGCUCCGCAUUGAGUUUGAGAAGCUGCCGGUUGGUUCGUUUGACAUAAAGAAGAAUGGGAAACACAGUACAAAGCGUGCUACUAGUCGCCCAGAAAUAGGGUUGAUAUUUUUGCACUUUCGAGAUUGCCAAGUCGAGUUAGACUAUAUAACGCAGACCGACUUCAUGCUCAGAUAUAGCGUGCUUCUGGCUUGGUUCGUUGGGCUAUUUUUAUUGUACCUUCAAGUCGUUAAUAUUAACAAUAAGACUGCCGUUAAUAUGCACAUGCUGGACAUAGAUAUCACUGUUAUGCUGGUGCUGACGACGCCGGUGCUCAUCUUGUGGUACAAAAAAUUAUGUUACUGGCGUUAUGGGUAUGUUCGGCACAUAUUUUCAAGAGUCAGCUGCCUCAUAUUUCGAACAGCCGAGUUCAUCCAGAGCAGCCUCCUCAUUCGAUUGUGCAUUUACGUGAACAUGAUUGUGUGUUACUUUUGGAUUAUAUUUCAGGUCCUGCACAGCUGUGAUUAUGACGAAUUCCAACUUCAACUUAUCGAAAGCAAACUAUACCAUUAUGAGAUGGAUAGAUACGACUGUUUUUAUCCCUGGGAUCUGACAAACAUGGUUUCCCUUAUGAUUGGCUUGAGCAUACUAUUCACACGAAUUCCGUGGAUAGUGAAGGUGAUACUCAGCGUCAUGGAAGGGACUACGUAUAUGUGCGUAAUGAUAAUUCAAUUCGGUUAUGUAAUCAAUCGGAGCAGUACAACCAAUCCCUACUUUCCUCCGGUGUACGCGCACGGCUUCAAGAUUCUGACUACUUUAGGCUGUCUCUACUUCAUGGAACGACAGGCGGAGUUCAAUAACAAGGUCAACUUUAACUGGAAAUUGGAACUGCUCAAAAAACAGAAUGAUGCGGUCAAUACCAAUAAAUCGAUAACUAUUCUUCUGCAAAAUAUUUUACCUAUUCAUGUUGUUAAUAUUUAUUUGUCGUCACUGGCAAAGCACCAGCUUUAUGCUGAAAACUACCAAAUGGUAGCGGUGAUGUUCGCUACCCUGCACGACUUCAAAAUGGACGUGGGCAACUUGCGCAUUCUGAACGAGAUCAUAACGGAGUUCGAUAAAAUCUUGUACCUUUAUAGGGAAGACUACUUAGUGGAAAAGAUCAAAAUUGUUGGCUGUACGUAUAUGGCAGCCUGUGGCUUGGACCCGCGCUUCAUGGGGCGCAUUAACGGUCGAAGAAGAACUAAUGCAUCCAUUAUCAGGGAGGUGGCGCGUGCUCAAAAUUUCCUGGCGUCCUCCAUAAUUGGCGAUAUUGAGCCAAUACCCAAUGAAGAAGUGGUCUUCAUUUUAACUACUUUUGCAUUGGAUCUGAUGCGAACGCUUUAUACGUGGGGUAAUGUCUAUAGAAAUAUAACAGAUCGAAGCCAGUUCGCCGGGAAUAUGAGCAUCGGAAUAUCCUGUGGUGAGGUAAUGGCCGGAGUUGUUGGCGCCUCACAGGUUCACUACGAUAUUUGGGGCACCCCAGUGAAUAUGGCCUCACGUAUGGACUCAACCGGGGUUUCUGGAAAUAUACAUGUCUGCCAAGAGACUGCCUAUAUAUUGCGCAAAUUCGGAAUAGAGUGUGAUUAUCGUGGCAAGACGUUCGUGAAGGGGCUCGGCAUUCUACCAACCUAUUUUGUGGGAAUUGACGAGAACCACGAGUUUAAGGAGGUUCGGGAUCGUUAUUCAUCAGUGAAUUUUAUGUAGACGCCAUCAUUUAAAGGAAAUAAGGAUUAACAUUUACAAA